GAAACAUGUAGGUGCUCAGUUCAUUCAUCAAAGGAUUUAAAAUUUGAAUUUAAAUUCAAAGCAGUCUAACCUCUUCCAGUUUUAAUGGAGCAUCACUCCUCAGCCCAUCUAUUCACACAAUCUACUCAUUCACAUUCCUUUUAAUUCAUUUGCAGGGAAGAUGUUCUCAAACCAGCUGUCACCAUAUCUCAAAUAGAAUCAUAACUAAUACAGGCACAGCCAUUUUGGACCCAUAUCCAUGAUCCUAAUACACGAUAAUGUCAAGAGAUGUUUUGUACUAUUAUAUUGUUCCAUGUCUGACUUUAUAAAAACAACCAACAGCUCAUUUCUGAACCAUGACUGUGACUGUCAGGUGCAGUCAACACAGCUGAGCUUUAUGAAGCAGCCACAUCCACAAUGUAGCUUCUAUACCUUCAUCAGUUUGCACCUCACUGCUGCAGGAGAGAAGUAAACCACCAGGAUGGAAAUCACAAAGGAAAAUAUGACACAGAUGGAGAUGCUUGAGAAAAUAGCUGAGCUGGAUUACGGUCAGAGCCAGCUGAAGGAGCUGAACACUACGAUGAGGCACUGGCUGGAUGUUGCAGAUGAUGAUAUGGCGGCGCUGCGCUCAGAGAACGGCGCCCUCAGAAAACAAGUCAAAGUCCUGGAGAAGCUCAUCAGUCAAGCACAGGAAGUUGAAGCAGAACCUUGCAGGUUCCUCCUCACCAACGACCUUGAUGUUAAAAGAUGCAGUGAAAAACAGAUUCAGAAAAUGGAGGAGGAAUCCACCAAGAUGAAGGAACAAAAUAAGAAACUAACCACAGAGCUGAAUAACCUGCAGCAAGAGAGAGAGCAGGACAUGAUCAGCCUGAGCAGGUUCAAGGCUGCACUUAAAACCCUCGAGUUUGAAAUGGAGGAGGCUAAUGUCGGGCUGCAGCAGAGGGAUGAAAGCCUUCAUCAGAAAAACUUGCAACUGCAGCACUUGGAGGAAACAGUAGAAGAGUUUUCCAUCAUCAUAAAGGAUCUCAGGCAGACAAAUCAGGAACUGAGAGAGCAGUGGGAGGACCGACAGGAUGAGGCCUUACUCUCUGCUGUGAGUGACCUGACGGAAGAAACCGAUGGAUCGCUCAGUCCCCCUCUGUCCCUCUUAGAAGAAAUUAAGCUGCUGGCCUCUUUAAAUGAAGUGAAAACAAGCACAUCAGACUCCACACAUCUAAGACAUAAGGAAACUGAGACCGAGGACUUGCUGAACCCUCAGAGUCUCACAGAAGAUCUUCAGACCAAAAGGUGGCCAGGAACCUCACAAACAGCCGUCCAGAGAGCAGGACUCUUCCUGAUGUGCAUCUUCUUUCUCCUGGUUUUGGUCUGUGUGACGUCAGCAAGCAUCUCAGGAAACAGUGAUUUGUUUUCCAUCAACACUUUCUGGACUGGUGCACGUAUGAUAUUACAGCCCUACUGCAGUGUGAACUAUGCUGGCGCACCUCCUGUUUGAUCUGAAAAUCUUAACCUCUCAUAAAGUGACAUCCACUCAUCUGCAUCAA